AUGAAACGUAGUACCAUACUUGUGAUGUUAACAAUGAAAAAGUCUACUUUUGUGGUGUCUAUUUGUUGGAUUAUUAUAUUGUUACCUUCAUUUUAUCAUUUGCUAAAGCAGGAACAGUUGGAGAAAUUCGAAGUGUAUUUACCAGGUAAUGAUAAAUAUAAAAUUAGAAAAUGGUCAAAAACGGCCGUAUUUCAAUGCUACGGGCCAGAUUAUUCAAAAUUUGAAACGAUAAUGGUCGUUGAUAAAAUAUUAUAUGGCUUUUUGAAUAUAUUUUGUCGCAUAGCAUUUAGCGGUAGUUUGUAUCGUAUUAUUUUGGUUAAUGUUGGUUUUCGCAAAGAUGUCCAUUAUUGGGAGUUAAUUAUUAAUCCUUGUGAUGACAAACCUGAACCUGCAUUUGGUGUAGCCCGUUUUGAUGUGCCAAAAGAUCAUAUGUUAGGUAAAGACUCAAAAUCUUGGUGUAUGUACAUUGAUAGUGAACGAUCGUGGUUUAUGCACAACGAAUCGGCAAACUGCUCUAGUUAUGUCCGGUGUCCCGCAAGGGAGAUAUUUGAAUACUCUGGUCAGUACUCUGAAGAUAUGAUACCAACGGUUGGUUUCAAUAUGCGAAAGAUCACAAAAGGCAAUGUAACAAUCAAAAUUUGGGAUAUCGGUGGUCAACCACGUUUUCGAUCAAUGUGGGAACGUUAUUGUCGUGGUGUCAACGCAAUUGUAUAUAUGGUUGAUUCAGCUGAUCACGAAAAAUUAGAACCGUCGGCACAAGAAUUUCGUAAUUUACUCGAUAGACCUCAAUUACAAGGUAUUCCAGUACUUGUGCUAGGAAAUAAACGUGAUUUACCGAAUGCAUUAGAUGUACAAGAUCUUAUUCAAAGACUUCAAAAUUCUACGAAAAAAUCUUCUACUGUUGACGAUGAACAAAAGAAAGCUGAAAAAUCAUCAUUGUCAAAACAGCUACAAGAUGAUCAACAACAAAAAGAUAAAAAGAUAGAUUUAACAAGUUUAGAAGAAGAUGAUGAAUUUGAAGAAUUUCCAGUUGAAGAAUGGAAACAAGAUGAUUUAGAUAAUGAAGAUACACGUUUAUGGGAAGAACAUUGGGAUGAUAAUGUAAAUGAAGAUGAUUUUUUUCAACAACUCAAACAAGAAGUAGAAAAAAAAGAUUUAACAAAAUUAAUGACUGCUGCUACAACAGUGAAAUAG